AUGGGCAAGUGUGAUCAGCAAACCAGGAGCAAAUGGAACGAGUCUCUGGACUACAAGUCGCUUCCAACUUGGUCACAGUGCACUCAAGUCGUGGAACGACAUUGUCAGUUCUUGCACUCAUGCGAGGCAUCGUCACAACGAAAACCCGAGUCUGGCAAGCAAAAUCGCGCAAGCAAUCGCAUGCAAAAUUCGUCAUUUGCUAUCACUAACUCUAAUUGUGUUCUUUGUUCCAGUUCCAACCAUAAACUCGUCAGUUGUUUGAGGUUUAAGGAGAUGAACACAAAUCAACGCUUUGAUCUCAUCAAGAAGCAUGAUCUAUGCAUCAACUGCUUAGGCAAUGGUCAUAGAAUGAUCCAAUGUCCAUCCAAGAAUCGCUGCCGCUCUUGCAAUCGAGCACACCACACGUUGUUGCAUCAUGAGAAUGCAUCUCAACCCACUCAAACAACUCCAGUGGCAGGUCCCGCAUUCCAGCCUUCGGGGUCUACUCGACCUACAUGGCAAACUUCAUCUCAAGAAUCGACAGCAACCCACUCGCACAUGGGUGCAUCGGAAGGUGGACAGGUGAUUCUUGCAACGGCUAUGAUCCUGGUCAAGGACGCUACGGGUACGUAUAAGUUGGGCAGAGCCCUCCUAGAUUCAUGCUCUCAACUCAAUUUCAUCACUGAGGAUUUCGCGCAAAAACUACGCCUUCGACGUGAGAAACAUAAUGUGGGCGUUCGAAGCAUUGGAGACUCGCUAACCAGCCUUAAGGCGCGUACGACCACGACCAUCAAAUCGCGCACUUCAGCCUUUCAACUGUCACUUCAAUUCGGAAUCACCUCGCACAUAGCAUACCAGCCAGAUGCCGAGAUCGACACGUCCGGUUGGAGCUUGCCAGCCAAUACCAAAUUAGCAGACGAGAUGUUUUUUAAGCCCCGGCGCAUAGACCUGUUGUUAGGAACAGAGGCCUUCUUUGAUGCUCUUGCUGUUGGCCAAAUUCGACUGGGUCCAAAUUUACCGACGCUUCAGAAGACGUUGUUUGGUUGGGUCGUCUCUGGUAGGUUUCGAGGUGACUAUAACGUGACGUCAUCAUCUUGUCUGCUGUCAAAUGAAACCUCAAUCGACGAGAAUUUGCAACGCCUAUGGCAACUGGAAGCCAUCGACACGUCACCAAAACCAACUCAGCCAGACCAUCGAAUUUGUGAAGAGCAUUUCACAAAAACAACUCAUCAAGACCACACUGGUCGAAUUACUGUAAAUCUGCCAUUUAAAGACAACCCAAUUUGUCUCGGAGAUUCCUUCGAUAUCGCUCGUCGGCGAUUCCUUGCGCUUGAGAGACGUCUUCUACGUUCGUCCGAAAUCCGUCCGCAGUACAUUGCCUUCAUGGAAGAGUACGAAAGUCUUGGCCACAUGUCAGUAGUAGCACACCCCAACUUGAAAGAGCCACACUACUAUAUGCCACAUCACUGCGUGCUUAAACCUAGCAGCACGUCAACCAAAUUGCGAGUAGUGUUUGAUGCCUCGUGCCGCACCUCAACACAAACAUCAUUGAACGAUCAUUUGUUAGUGGGGCCCACAAUUCAACAAGAUUUAUACAUGCUUCUAUUACGUUUUCGUCUGUAUCGUUUCGCCAUCACCGCAGAUAUCACUAAAAUGUACAGGCAAGUACUCGUAGAAAAUAAUUGUCGACAAUUUCAAUACAUACUUUGGCGAGCUUCCCCAGACUCAGAUCUCCGCACGUACCAGCUCAACACUGUAACAUACGGAACAGCUUCGGCCCCAUACCUUGCGGUACGCAGCCUACACUACCUGGCAGACCAACAUAUGACAGAGUUUCCGAUCGGCGCUUCAGCAAUAAAAUCAUCCUUUUAUGUCGACGACAUGUUAUGUGGUGCCGACGAUAUAACCACGUUACACACACUCAGGCAUGAAGUUGUUGAAGUACUCCGUCGUGGACAGUUUCCAAUAUCGAAAUGGCACUCAAAUCACCCAGACUUCAAGGAAGGUCAAGCAACAAAGGAGCUUCAUAUCAACGACGAUUUUGUGACCAGUGCAUUAGGAGUAACAUGGCAUCAACGAAGCGACGUAUUUUCGUUCGGCUUUAGCCCGAAACAGCAAUACAAUUCGGUUACAAAGCGGACAAUAUUGUCUAUUGCCUCAUCGCUGUUUGAUCCACUUGGCUUGUUGUCACCAUUGAUAAUCACUGCCAAGAUUAUCCUCCAAGAGCUAUGGUUAUUGAAGCUCGAUUGGGACGAGUCUGUACCUCAGCACCUACAACAAGCUUGGACAAACUGCUUAGCAUCAUUAAACUCGAUUUCGUCACUCAUCGUGCCUCGUUAUUGCUUGCAACCAACCGUACGGAACAUACAAAUACACGGGUUUUGCGACGCAUCAAUUCGAGCAUACGGUUGCUCUGUAUACAUACGUACGGAAGACCUGGAUGGACAUGUUGAAGUUCAGUUAUUUACAUCAAGGUCAAGAGUCGCUCCAGUCAAAAGGCAGUCGCUUCCCAAACUUGAACUUUGUAGUGCGCACCUUCUUGCAUCUCUCUACGCAAAAAUAAAAGAUGUUUUUACUGAUCAACCUCUAAGCAGUUACUUUUGGACCGAUUCACAACUAGUACUGCAUUGGCUUCAACAGCAUUCAAUAACGCUUUCAACUUUUGUAGGGAACAGAGUAUCGGAUAUACAAGAGUUGACUGUAGGUGGACACUGGAGAUACGUACCAACGCGCGAGAAUCCUGCGGAUCUUGUAUCUCGAGGCUGCCCUACUGCAGAACUUAAACAAUCGACUUGGUUUUCCGGUCCAGCUUUUUUGUUUCAAGAUCAGACUAAAUGGCCAAAUCAAAAACCACCAGUUGACCUCGACGGAGACGUCAUCAAUUCGGAAAAACGCAAAACGACACUUACCACAAUGAUGGAGACAAACUACAUUCUCAACAUCAUCAAUGGCAUUAGCUCGUACCCCCAUUGCUUACGUCUAGUCGCCUGGUUAUUCCGGUUUUUUGAUUCGUCCAGAAAGAAAUCAAGGUUCACUACCGCUUCACCAUCGCCUGACGAAUUGCGACGCGCUUCACAUUGCUUAAUAUGGAACGUUCAACAGCAUCACUUCUCUGUCGACUUUCAGUUACUAAAGAAAAAUCGAUCAUUAAAAAGUAAUUUAAAAUUUUUGACUCCAUUUAUAGACACUUCGACUGGAUACGAGCUUAUCAAGGUUGGUGGCCGUCUGGACUACACCGAAUUACCAGACAGCCAAAAACACCCAUUGCUGUUGCCCAAGAUUUGGCCCGUCGCGUCGUUCGUUCGUGUGUACCUGCGAGUCCGAGGAAAGACACCUACCAAAUCAUACUUGGCGAUAUUUGUUUGUCUUGUCACUAAGGCGGUUCAUAUUGAGGUGGUCUCGGACUUGUCUACAAAAGCAUUCCUGAACGCUCUAAAACGUAUGGGUGGUCGGCGAAAGAUGCCGUGCCACAUUUUCUGCGACAACGCCACGAAUUUUGUAGGAGCAUCCAACCAUUUGCAAGAGGUCAAACAAUUUUUGUUCAAGCACGAAACCCAGAACGAAAUUAACAAAUAUUGCUCUUCCGAUUUUAUUAAUUUCCAUUUUAUCCCACCUAGGGCACCCCAUUUUGGCGGCCUCUGGGAAGCAGCAGUUAAAAGCGCAAAGGGACUGCUCUAUCGCACAUUGGCUAAUACAAGAUUAACAUAUGAAGAACUGAGCACUGUAGCUGUGGAAAUAGAGGCCAUACUAAACUCGCGUCCGCUCUCACCGCUAUCAUCAGAUCCCAAUGACUUUGAAGCACUCACUGCUGGACAUUUUUUGGUCGGGUCAUCGCUACGUGCCCUACCCGAAAGCUCACUCGAAGAGAGAAAUAUCUCGAAUUUGGAUCGAUACGAUAUGAUUACGGCCAUCAAGCAGCGCUUUUGGCGCCGCUGGUCUUCAGACUAUGUCAAUGAACUACGCUCACGAGUCAAGUGGACGACACCUACACCCAAUCUUGCAGAAGGUACGCUAGUGAUCAUCCACGACGAUAACCUCCCAUCACAACGCUGGAAGCUUGGUCGCGUUGAGUCGACCGUACGUGGACGAGAUGGUCAUGUUCGAGUUGUGCGCCUCCGCACUACUAAUGGGAGCUGUUGCCGGCCUGUUCACAAACUUGCCAUCCUGCCAGUGUCUUGA